AAUGCGAGAGGUGGGGCUCAAGGAGCGGGACUGGGCGGUGUUCCCAAUUGUAGUCAAACAGGAGGGACCGGUUUGGGUACCUUUGGAAGCAAAAGCAGUUGCUCGGUUUAUAGAGGCGAUUGACAAAAAGGGAUUGAGAUCCCCGAUGACAAUGAGUGCCUUUGAGGCUCUCGUAGCCCCAGGUCCCCUACUCCCAUAUGAUAUUGAAAGCCUUAUGAGAGUAGCCCUCGAACCAGUACAGUUUACUGUGUGGAAGGAGGAGUGGAUAAUACAACUCAAAGCUGUUUUAGCACAGGCUGCGCGCGAUCCACAGCAUCCAGCAAAUGGGAAGGAGGGAGAUCCAAAAACUGAUUUAAUGAGGCUUUCAGGUUCAUCUGCGGAUUUGGCUGGAUCUGCAGAGAGGCAGCUUAGGGACCUCCGCCCAGGAGAGCUGCUUGCCACCACGGGGGCAGCUACCUCUGCUUUUAUACACUUUAUAAGAAAAGCAGAGCCUGUAGCCCCGUGGUCAGAGAUUAUGCAGGGUCCCUCAGAGUCAUUCUCUGAGUUUGCCAAUCGAUUGAUACGGGCAGUAGAAGGAUCGGAACUGCCUAAGGAAGCGCUGACUUCUGUUAUAAAGGAUUGCCUGAAGCAAAAGGCUCAUAAAAGUGACUCUUCAGAAAAAGGAAAAAGAACAGAUAAAGAACUGCUGCUAGUACCAACGAGAAGGACAUCUGUUGUAUCACUUUGCUGUGUGUCUUUGUGUAAUUGCAUUCAUUACCGGGGAGAGGGUACUCACUUAACAUCACAACCAGAAAAUAUUUGGGUUACAUGGUCUAAUCGAACUGGGCAGAAAGAUUUCUGCCUUAGCCUGCAGUCAGCCACAUCACCGUUUAGAACAUGCCUUAUAGGUGUACCCAGGUGGGACCCAAAGGAGUUCAACGGAUAUGUGCAUAAGAACAACUGCAAGAGAGAUGCAGUGGACAAAGUUUUCUUUAUGAAAGCAUUUGAGUCUAAAUUCACUGACUGGGCCAGAAUGUCUGCAUGUUUUAUUAGAUCCUUGAACACCUCCUUGCCCUGGGAUCCACCAGAGUUGCAGCUUCUUGGAUCCCAAUCGGUUGGUAACGUAACAUGGAAUAAGAACUCUCAAAAGUGGGAACGCCCGGUUAGAUGUUUGUAUUUUUCGGGUUUUAGGACACCGGGUCAACUGUCCAAUCGCAGGGUAUGGGAAGGCUACUCGGAAUGGGGCACCAUUCUCGGGAACAACUGGGUCGGAACCCUUUACUUUACUUAACCCCAUUCAAUUUGACAUAU